AUGGCCACCGAGGACGGCCGCGCCGACUUGUUGACGGCCAUGGACAUCAUCGAGUUCCUCGAGCUCGCAGCUGCUCUUUCCCAGAAGCUCGUCGGCGGCGAGGUACCCAAGGACCUGCGCUACACCCGACAGGAGGCCAGCAAUGAGUUGGGCCAUUUCCUCGAGGAUGUCAAGAGCAAGGGCGCGCGGCCGAGGCCUGCGCACGACGUGAGCAAGAGGCUGGGCGAGAUGGAGACGAGGGCGGUGGAGCUGGCCUCUGCCCUGAAGCGACCGUUCGACGAGGUGAAGCCUGGAAUGCCAGGUUGGGACAGAGCUGCCCUUCUAGAAAAGGCGGAGAGUCAAUCCCUUGCAGAGGAUGUCAUCAAGUUUGCUGAUGACUUCAACUCCUGGUUGACCACAGCUUGGCAGUCCGAUGACUGGCCGACUAUCAAGACAAUCAACCAAAUCAGAGACGACGCCGAGGAUGCACGUUCACGCAUAGCCGACGAUAUCUGCCUGGCAAUCAACGGCAUUUGCAUACGCCUAGGCUUGCCAUACGACAAGUUGACAGAGCACAUCGUAUCCUCCACCGCCGUCUCGUUCUCGUCCGCCACUACCGACCACGCACAAUCUGCUUCUGCAGGCGUCUCGACCCAGCAGAAGGGUCACCAGAAAGGGCGGCCUAAUAGCAACAAAAAGAAACGGCAGAAACGUCAAGGCCGAGGUUCCAAGCCUGCCGCGGGCUCUUCUUCCUCGACCAACUCCGCCGUCAAGAACCCUCUCAGGUCGGACUCCUUUCUCAAGUCGCAGGAUAUACUCGAAUUCCUGGACAUACUGGAGACUUUGAUGCGGGAAGCGCCCUGGGAGCUCGAGAUUCUGCUUGCCGUGACGCACCCCCUCCAGGACGACCCCGAGGACUGGCUUGACGACGCCGCCGAAAACACGUACCAGUGGCUCUUUGAAGCACCCGUCGACGCAGACGGCCUCAUCACAGACCAGGGAUCUGCCCGGUUCAGGGCUCGAAGGAAUCUGCAGGCUUGGCUCUCUGAAGAGAAAGGCGGUCUGCUUGGUAUUUCUGGCGCGCCAGGCACGGGUAAAACGACGCUCGUCAAGUUGCUUGCCCACCACCCAAAGACGGUGGCCGAGCUGCAGAAGUGGGCUGGAGCCGAGCAGCUCAUCAUUGUCCCUUACUACUUUUCCAACACUGGUAAUAUCCACCAGAAGACCCAGAUUGGUUUCUGUCGUACUGUGUUCGCCGAAUUGUUAAGGCAGUGUCCAACUUUGACGCACGUGUACUUCCCACCAUCGGCUGAGGCGUCCAAAACCAAGGAGGGCAAAAACAUGGAGCGCUGCACGACGUCGACUGGAGAGCCCUGGCCCGUGAGCGAUGAACAUCUGGCCGUGGCGUGGAAUCAUCUGACCAGAGGGGAACUGCACGGAUUUCGUGUGUGCAUCUUUGUCGACGGCCUGGACGAGUAUGUCGAGUCGGCCGGCGCCCGGAUGUCAGACCUCGCCAAUGCGCUCCAGAUCAUGGCCAACACGAGCGAGUGUAUCAAGAUUUGCAUAAGUGCGACGAGGACUCUUGAUGAGCUCCUCGGAAACCCCCUGCCUUACUCCAGCAUUCACCUGACUGCGCUGCUCAGGGAGGACAUCAAGUGGUGGGCGACCGCCGAGAUUCUCUCCAUGACGGAGGCAGAGAAACUCUGUCCCAAUGGGGAUAAGCUCAUCUCGCUGCUUGUGCGCAAGUCACGGAUCAACUUCCUCUGGGUGCGCGUAGUCCUGCAGAGCUUCGUGGCUCCGGAGUUCACCGCCGAGGGAAAGAUACGCAGUAUGACUUCCACCAUGAUACGAGAUGCCCUGGCCUCAGGACAACUGAUCAAGAUUGUCCAUGCCUGUCCUUCAGACUUAUAUGGCCUGUACGAGCAUCUCCUCAAGCGUCUCAACAGUACUUGGCAAUUCGUCGCCUCUGUCAUGUUCUCUCUCGCCGUCCACAAUCCUUUUCUCCAGCGGCCCAAUGCCCUGUGGUUCUCAUGGCUCCAGCCACUCCUGCGAGAUCUGGACUUCCCCGAAACACCGGUCGCGCCCUUUACAGCGGACGAGAUUCGCGAGAAGCAGGAGUAUGUCGAAGAAGCAGUGAUGUUCAUGACGAUGGGCCUGCUGAAGUUGCACUGGGACCACCGGGAGCCUCGAAAAAGCGACCAGUUCUUUGGCCGCAGGAUCCAUUUCUUCCACAGCACUGUGCUGAAGUUUCUCAACUCGCCACGGGGAAGCGAUUUCUUGCUCGAGAGUGGCGGCACGACGGAGGCCCCCGAUAUUGGGGUGAGGAAGUUUACCACACUUCAUAUGCUCUCGCGCCUGAGGAUGGCAGAGAUGGUCCUGGCUGCCAAGACCCAGGAGGAUCCAAAAGCUGAUGCCCACCGGCACAGGCAGUACGCGUCUAUGGUCCAAGGCGUGAUGCAGGUCGAAGGCAGAAAGAUCGACGGAUCUCCAUAUGUGCUCUUGCUGCCGGAUUCAUUUAUGGAAGGGCUGCGAAAAGACCUCGAGACGACGCGCUCCGAGGAGUCUGGCUCUGGCUACAUUCGAAGUUGGUUUGCGAAUAUCCACUCGCAGCAAUUGUUACCCGGGGACGCCAACACUCCACCGUCAUUCCUCCAUCUGGCAAUGUACCAGGGACAGGUUCCAUAUGUCUUUGCAUGUCUCGAGGACCGAGAAAAGUUCAAGGAUGCCAUCGGUGGUGCCAAGAGCAAAGAGCUCAACAUGCUGCUGUCCGCCUUCUUCGGAACGGGUGGGCACAAUGGACUCGAGGCAGACCUGCUCGGGCUGAUGAACGAAAGAGCUGACAUACUGGGCUCCGUCACCUUGCGGUCCAGCCCGCACAAGGGGCUCUCGUCUCAGGUCUCCAGGCAGGCCAGUGUGCUCAUGGUAUGGAUCAGCUAUAUGGUCUUCAAACUGAUGCUUCCGGGCGACGGAUUCCCCCAACCUUUUUUGCACCCUCCCUUGUACCGGGAGAGGAUGGUUCGUCUGGCUGAGAUUCUAGUUUAUGCGCUCUCACAGCCUGAGAAUGUGGACAUGGUCCCACUGAGCUUUGUUCUUCUCCUCAAGAAGAAACGCGAGAUUUCUCCUGCGCCGACGAUGAUGCCUACCCUCCGCUUGAAAAUGCCCAAGGGCAAGUCGAGCGAAGCCUCCAGCUCCACAUCUACUGUCGAGAAAGACCCUCAGAAACCCUCCUGGGACCGCUGGCCCAUCCCAGAGAAGUACACCAAGGGCGAACAUAACAUGACCCCGAAGCAGGCCGAGCUCGCGAAUCCCGUCCAUCCCUCUGGCAUCGUGCUCAGGAACGACGAGACCCACUACACAACACUGAAGCAACUGCUUGUCACAUACAUUGACGAACCCUUCCUGGCCCAGGAGGUGUACGAACUCAUCCCCAACGACCUCUCGCGGACGGUGCUGCACGAGUGGAGCGAUAUCUACAAGAAUGAGCUGCUGGAGGACCAGUUUGUUGGGUAUGAGUGCACGCGAGUGGUGGCGAGUGAUGGGACGGUGAUUGGCGAAGGGGCAGAACUGUACUUUCGGUUAUACUGA